GUUUCUGUUGUGAGGUUUGGAUGAUUACUGACGUGAAUUCUUCAGUAGCUCGCUUCCUUGUUAUUAUUAGUAGGAUUGUGAUGGUGGCUGUUUUGGAAUCAUUGACUUCAAUGGCUGAAGAUGCAAGUCGGGUUUUCCCUACUGGUGGUGCUCUUGUGUUUAUCUCUGCUGCUAGAGGGCGCUGAAGCCUUGGAUCGAGUGAGAAGAAAAAAGCAGCACAGACGGCCUCAUAAACUUCCCGACGAACAAAAACUUCUUAAAAUGUUGUUGGAUAAAUACAACAUAUAUUCUCGGCCGGUUUACAACGCUUCCAAAACAGUUGUGGUCAAAUUUGGACUGACCCUAACGCAGAUUUUUGACAUGGAUGAGGUGAAUCAAGUUUUGACAAUUAACGUUUGGCUGGAACAGGAAUGGGAGGAUGAACGGUUGAUUUGGGAUCCAAAAGACUUCAAUGGUUUAGAAAUACUUCGAAUUCCUUGCGAGAAAAUAUGGCUGCCGGAUAUAGUUUUAUACAACAGCGCCGAUGACUUCACCAAGGGGUACAUGAACAGCAAGGCCAUGGUCAACAACAACGGCAACGUCUUCUGGCCGCCGCCCGCCAAGUUCAGGAGCUCGUGUAAGAUCGACAUCACGUACUUCCCCUUCGACGACCAGAUCUGCGAACUCAAGUUCGGCUCGUGGACGUACGACGGCUUCCAGGUGGACGUCACCAACAGGUCGCACCAGGUCGACCUCCAGAACUACGUCUUCAGCGGCGAGUGGGAGCUACUCGACGUCCUCGUCAAGAGAACGGAAGUCUACUACGCGUGCUGCAAGGAGCCCUACCCGGACGUCCGGUUUACGAUCAUCAUCCGGCGGAAGACGCUGUACUAUCUGUUCAACAUCAUAUUCCCAUGUCUGUGGCUCACCAUUCUCAGUCUCCUCGGGUUCUGGUUGCCGCCCGAUUCCGGGGAGAAAAUUACUCUUGGGAUUACAGUGCUUUUAGCGUUUUCUGUGUUCAUGCUGUUGAUAGCGGAAAACAUGCCGGCCACCUCAGAGUUUGUACCGUUGAUCGGCAUCUACCUGACGGUUACCAUGGCAAUGACGUCACUCUCCAUCAUCCUGACGGUGUUUGUGUUGCAGCUGCACCACGUAGGGCCCCACCAGAAGCCGGUGCCGAGGUGGCUGCGGGCCCUCAUAUUCGACGUGUUCGCCAGACUAGUGUGUAUGGGCCGUGCGUCCACGUUUAUGAACCGCACGUAUGGCAAGUGCGACAACUUGUACUUGUCGACUUUCAUGGAAAACGUGGAAGGAGGUAACUGUAACGGCUCCGUUCCGCACAGCGGAGUCACCAUCUCCCACGAACGCAUUGACCACACAGGGGAGGUAAUAACGAAACACAUCCGGGGCCUGGUGUCCCGCCAGGACAAUGAGGAGAGCCACCAGGAUCUCGUUCAGGAGUGGCAGUUCGUAGCUCACGUUGUCGACAGACUACUUUUCUGGAUUUUUCUAUUUUUCGCCGUUGUGUCUUCGCUGACGAUUCUCGUUAUAAAACCGUUAUUAAAACCCGACCCCAUUGUUACCUGACGUGACGGCAUCGUGAUUGAUUCGUCGUGACGUCAGCAUGUGGCGUAAAAAAAAAAAAUGUUAUAAUUACCUGUUGCGAGGAUGAGUGUUUACUGCAACUACAGCAUUGUCAGUCAACAGUUAUUCUAAGAUGGAAAGUUUCUACUAGAAGAAAGUCGAAGUUUAAAAAAAAAAAUGCACUUAGACAGAGGAAUAGACGCCAUUGAGAAUUUCUCUUCGUUAAUUUGGAUUCAUACUUCUUGAUAGGAUUAAUUUAUUCCUCUUUAAAAAUGACUGGAAAUCUUAUUCUGAAUGUUUCACCAUGUAAAUAAAAUAUGUAUGAGAUUAUCCAUCUUCAAAUGAGACAUGCUUCCAGACACCCUAAUUAGGUCUCUGCCUUCCAUUGUCAGUUACCAUUCGUCAUGUUUAUUGUAUAACUCUCUUCCCCCAUAUGCCCAAGUAUUUUCAACGGGCUUAAAUUUUUUUUUUUUUUUUUUUUUUUUUUUUUUUUUUUUCAUAGACUCAUUAAGAGUAUAACAAAUAGGAAAGGUAAAUUUUAAAGGUACAAUGUGAUUUUUUUUUAUUAUUAUUUUUAGUUUUAGUUUUCUUCGCGUGAAGAAUAUUUUCAAUCUAACAAAAUUGGAUCUUACUGGUAACGCCGACUAAUCGUCGUCAGUACUAACGAAAGCCAGUGUUACCAAAUGACCGGAUGAUCUUUCAUUUGGCCAAUCAAAACACCACGGUGAUAAUAGUGUUGGCAUAUAGCUAAACAAAAAACAGAAAUACUUUUUCCGAUGACAGAUCAUCUGAGCCCUGGUUUACGAAGUGUUCUUUGCGUUAAAAUCACUUUAAAUCACUAAGUAUUAUUAUCGAACUUUGUAAAAUGGGGCUCAGGACACGUGUCACCAUGUAUAUUUUUUUUCAUAUCUGAAUAUUCGUUAGUAAAAUAUUUUAAUUUGUUUAGCAGAUUUCUUUUCACGCCUUGAAGGGAUUAAUUUGUUGGCUCCUUAUAUUACGCAAAUAGAAUUAUAUAGUUUUUUUGUUCAUCAGUGUAUGCUCCAUUUAACCGAAAAAUAGAAAACGUAGCUUUGGUGAGAAAUAAAUUUCGUUCUUCCACAUAAAUCUGCACUUAGGUCUGAAAGACUUUCACCAUGUUAUUAUGUUAGAAGAACAUUAAGUUGCUAGCUGAUGAAGAUGCCAAACAUUUUUUUAAUUCUGUGUUAUGCAUUUUAUUUGUUGUAUUCUUUGUAGUUUGUUUGUUAUAUUCCUUGUUAAAUCUUUUUCUGUUUCCUUUUCUUCUCUCUUCUGUUUCCAAGGUCAAAAGUUAUCAUUUGGCUAGAACGAAAUACAAUAACGGCUAUAAAAAAAUUAAAAAUAAUAGACUGCAGUGAAACUAAUGUAAGGAGCACUUUUUGCAGUGCUAGAGCGGGAUUUAGCUUAGUCGGUUGAGUGCUCGCUUGAGGUGCUUCCGUCGCAGGAUCGAACCACUUCAGGGGAUUCAUUCAACUAAAUGGGCUUUUUCUCGUUCCAAGCAGUGCACACAACUGGUCAAAGGCCGUGGUAUGUGCUUACCUGACUGUGGGAAAGGACAUAUAAAAGAUCCCUUUUUGUAUUAGGAAAAAAUGUAGUGGGUUUCUUUUGAUGACUACGUGUUAGAAUUACAAAUGUUUGACAUACAUCCGAUAGCCGAUGAUUAAUUAUUCAUCGUGUUCUAGUGAUGUCGUUAAACAAAGCAAACUUUGUGCAUUGAUAAAGUCUGGGAUGCGAUGGGACGUAGGAUCAAUCGUCCUCGGUAAACUCGGUGUUUUUCCCCGUCCCAAUGCGUUCACCACGUCUGGUGGAUUAAAGUGCGUAUAAACGGUUCAUUGCUGAAUUUUGGCACAAAUGCUUACUCUCUCUCUCUCUCUCUUUCACUCUCUCUCUCUCUCUCUCUCUCUCUCUCUCUCUCUCUCUCUCUCUCUCUCUCUCUCUCUCUCUCUCUCUCUCUCUCUCUCACUGUUUUUCUUAUUUCACUCAUUCAAUCUACAGUUUCCUUGGUUUGUCUUUUCAUUAUUUUUGAGUAUCUACUGUGAUAGUGAUAGCGAUAUUAUACUCUAUCUAUAUAUUUAUUGAACGUGUGACAGAUAUUGGCAUUGAAUGAAGUUAUUUCAUUAAUAUGAACGCACAUUGUAAAUUCGAAUUAGAUCUAAACUGUUCAGCUUUAGAUCUGACUAAUUUGGGCACAACAGAGAGAGAGAGAGAGAGAGAGAGAGAGAGAGAGAGAGAGAGAGAGAGAGAGAGAGAGAGAGAGAGAGAGAGAGAGAGAGAGAGAGAGAGACAGAGAGAAAUUACAUUAUUGUUUUUACUUUUAAUAAUUAUGUUUGGUAGCCGUGACCUGUUUUCAAACAGCUGUAUUUUUAAUUAUUUACUUUUUUUAAAGGUACUUGGCCAUCUCACAACAUAUUUCUGUCUUUUAAAAAAAGUGAUUUUGCUUGAAAUAGCCAUUUAUGUUUACAUAUAGUCAUUUGACAUCGGUUUCUGAGUGUAUAAUCAUCGGCAAGUUGAUUCGACACAAUACACUCAACAUGUUCAAAUCUAGAGGUGAGGAUAUGCCUACGUUGAUGAUCUUUCAGGAUAAGGUGUUCUGAAUUGUCAUCCUGGCGACUCAGUUUACUUGACUGUUCUCAUACCAAUCCUGCCGACUUCCAAACGGCCACACCACAAUGUUGGAACAACUAAGAACGAUGGAUGUACAGAAAUGGAUAUUCUAAGCAAGGAUGUCUAAUUUUAAGCAGCAGUACUUUUGGUUAUAGGAAUCAACGUAUAUCAUAUCAAAUGAUAUGGAACUCUGAUUACAUUGUUUAAUAAAUAUUAUGUAUCUAGGGCGUAUAUGUAUGUAAUAAAAUAUUUUGGAGAUGCUUUUUUUUUAAAUAUAAUUGCGAUUAAAACUUUGUCUCGACAAAAUAUAUGUCAAAAGGUGUUGGGUUUUUUUUUCCGUUAAAUAGUUGUUAAAGUAAUAUUUCCAAAAUUUAUACAAUUAUAUUUUCUUGUCUUUUUUAUCCUUUUCAAAACCUUUUAUUCCUACCUGAAAAAAGAAGAAGUAAUGUUUGUGUACCACAGGAUAUUGAAAUGUUUAAAAUUACACUGAUGAAUGAAAAUGAUUUAUUUAAACUGUAUUGCAAGGAAUAUGAUAAUGAUGUUAUGUGCGAUGUAACUAUUCACUGAUGUACGAUGUAAUUAUCAUAAUUUAUUCACCAUGUCAUCUGCCUUCAUCGCUGAUUUUUCUUUCUUGCUUGUGUUUUCAUACAGAUGUGUUUGAGAAGUGAGCCGGCCUCAUGCCGUUUAAGUCAUUGUUUCCACUCUUUGUUGCUCUUCAUUACUGCAGAUGAGGAAUAUCAUUAAUAUUGUCACAGCUGAAUAAAUUAUAUCUAUUUAAAUUGAAAACAAAA